CGAACCAGAAUGGCUCACCUCCCUCGCCGCCUCUUGCCCUGCUUGCUCACCGAGACUCGGAGCAGCACACGCACAGCUGCAGGACUGAGUCCACACGGAGCUGCUCUGCCUCCCGGAACAUCUGGGCUCCACCUGGUCAUGAAAACCAGCUGCAUCAACAGAGACCAUUCUUUCACUGUAGAUGGGUAUGCCUGUGUCAGUUCCUUCUGGGACACAGUGAGCUGCGUGCUGAACAUCACACACAACAAUGAGAUAGGCUUCACGCUGAGGUUCAGCCAGGAGGAACGGAACCAGAGCUGCCCACUUGUGCCAGUGAGUCAAAGUUUCCACGCUGUUUGCCAACUUGAACUUGACGUACCAACCUUCAUAUCCAUCGACAUUUAUGACAUCGACCUGUGCUUCAACUUCAUCUGCACAAGUGUGGUGAAGCAGUUCAAACCAUCAUGGAACCUGCAGCUAACUCCUCCGGAGGUACUAGAGGUCCAUCAUGCCCUUGAUAACAUCACGUUCAUGUGGAAGAGCGGCUAUGAAGACCAUAGGUACCUGAAUGAUGCUCUCCGCUAUGAAAUCCAAAUUCAACAACGUGCCUCCUCUCAGACUAAGACAUGGACCGUCACGCCAACUGCUGAGGAGACGAAAAGGAAGAUGCAGUCUGUGGAGCUGCCUGAUCCAGAAACUGAUGCGCAAUGCUGUGUCAAAGUCAGAUCCAACACGAGAGAGGGCAUAUCGGACUACAAAGCCACUUGGAGUCUCUGGAGUCCUGAGGUAUGCAAGGAGAUCAAGGGGAGACCAGGUCAACAAAACCUGCUCACACAUCUGGGCCUCAUUUCUGCGUUUGGUGGACUUGUACUGGUCAUCUUCUCCUGUGCCACAUUCAAAAAGAUUCUGAGGAUUCCUUUCUACCGCACGCCUUCUCCAGCUCCUUACUUCCAGUCUUUGUUCCAACAGCAUGAUGGAAAUCUGCUGGAAUGGCUGUCACCGCUUGGGAAGCUUGCAAACACCAACGAGGAGAUCGUAGUGAUGAGCAGAGUCAUUAUUGAAUCCAAACCCAUCACCAGAGACCUGCAGCGCCAUGCCAGUCUGCCGCAGACCCAAGAGGUCUCAUCUCAGAAGUUGUCCUGUCAACUUAACCCAUUGUACACCCUGCCUCCAUGUGGACCAGACGAGAUCAGAGAAGAUGAAGGGAUCGCAACGGAAGACUUUGUGAUCAUCACACGUCAGGUCUCUGAGUGCAGCAGUGAGGGCCUGGUGGAGAGCUCAGAGUCUAGUCUGACUGGUGAGAGGCAGUUCCCAUGUUGUGUCACAGAUUAUUGUACUCUCAACCAAAGAGGAGAAGUCGUGAUGCCCGUCCUGGUAUCCUCACAGCAGUCGAUCUGAUUUGGAUCUGGAAGUUUAGAAUCCCAUCGGUUUUAUGUCAUUUCUAAUGUCAUACACUUUAUAUCUGAGACCACAGCUCAUUAUGAAAGUGACUUCUAUUGUUUUCUUACAUUCAUCUUAACAACAACUUUGUUCUAUUAAUGUGGCGAUUAUUGUAGUGCAGAGUAGACACUCUCAUGUGAAGAAUGAAUGAUGAAAAGAAUGAUGAAAAGGGGAAAAUAUCCAGUAUCUGUCUGCCAUUAUCUUGAUGUUUUAAAGAUUUUAUGCAUCUGUGGCAUUGUUUAAAUAAUUGUUUUGUUAAAACUGUUUCUUCAUUCGCUGUAUAUGCAUGUG